UGUUCUGAUCUGUGUGUUUGGUUAUGGGGGAAAAGCCAAUGGAUAAGCCAAAGCAGAAGCACAAGAAGGGCUUAUGGUCUCCAGAUGAAGACCAGAAGCUCAGAAACCAUAUCCUCAAGCAUGGCCAUGGCUGCUGGAGCUCUGUUCCCAUCAAUGCUGGUCUGCAGAGGAAUGGGAAGAGCUGCAGAUUGAGGUGGAUUAACUAUUUAAGGCCAGGGUUAAAGAGAGGGACCUUUAGCUUGCAGGAAGAGGAGACUAUCUUGGCCCUUCAUGGCAUCUUAGGCAACAAGUGGUCUCAGAUAGCUCAGCAUUUGCCAGGGAGGACUGAUAAUGAGAUAAAGAACUUCUGGCACUCUUAUCUGAAGAAAAAAGUGGCAAAAAUGGCAGAAGCUGAAAGGAGUAUAGAAAAUGGGGAGUGUUCAGUUCACUCUAUGAAGUCAACUUCCCAGAGUUCUGGUUUGGAGUCAUUUGGACAAAUGGAAGGAUCCUUAGCAGACACAGAUGAAUCCAUCCCAAACAACCUAGACUUCCCCAAAACAGCUCAGAAAAGCAAUUUGCCUAAGGUCUUGUUCGCGGAGUGGCUCUCGCUCGAUCAGUUCAAUAAUGGACAGGAUUUCCAGACUGCAAACCAUGCAGUUCUUCCCAGGAAUAAAUUCGGGUACAACGGUUCAGAGCUCCAAGAUCCAUUCAUGCACGGAUUUCUGUUAAACGAGGACACGUAUGGCCAUGGCAUCCAGCCAGUGCUUAACAACGGGACAGUUGAUGAUCUGUUCCAACCAGAACUUAAGUUCGAGGAUCAGAUCACAGUCUCGGGAUUUGCUGAGUUUUUCUCAGGAGGAUUCAACGUAAGCAGCAACGAUUUAAUGUACGAUGAACUGUACCUUAGAAGAAACUUCAGGGAAGAAUAACUUCUAAGUUCUAAACUUCUAAUUACACUGUUAGAGAUCAAUAAUGGAGACAA